GACUGGAUAGAGUACUUAUUCUUUUGUGGUCCAUUGGCCUCUUUAGAGUUGAGAAUUUCCUAAUUGAAUUCGUUCUGAGAGCGUCAAGUGACCAAAGAGUUGCCAAAAUGGCCAAAAUUUGGCCUCGUUUUGUCUAUUAUGUCUUGGCAGUUUGCUUGGUGGCUACUAAAACGGUAGCUAGUAGUCAUGAUCCACCACCACCACCUUACCUCUAUACCUCCCCACCACCUCCAUACUCGCGUAUACCACCGCCGUGUCCGGCCCCAGUCUCAGUGCCACCUCCACAACCACAUCCGCAACAUUACAAGUCUCCACCACCAUGGUCACCUCAUCCACCUCACAAGUCUCCACCACCACGCUCACCUCAUCCACCUCCACGGUCACCUCAUCCACCUCACAAGUCUCCACCACCACCAUGGUCACCUCAUCCACCUCACAAGUCUCCACCACCACGGUCACCUCAUCCACCUCACAAGUCUCCACCACCACCAUCACCUCCUCCUCCCUAUGUUUAUAGCUCACCACCACCACCUAAUUCUCCACCUCCACCUCCAUCACCUCCUCCACCUCACAAGUCUCCACCACCACCAUCACCUCCACCACCAUCACCACCUCCACCACCUCCAUCACCUCCUCCACCUCACAAGUCUCCACCACCACCUCACAAGUCUCCACCACCACCAUCACCCCCACCACCAUCACCACCUCCUCCACCUCACAAGUCUCCACCACCACCAUCACCUCCUCCUCCCUAUGUUUAUAGCUCACCACCACCGCCUAAUUCGCCUCCUCCACCUCACAAGUCUCCACCACCACCAUCACCACCUCCUCCACCUCACAAGUCUCCACCACCACCAUCACCUCCUCCUCCACCUCACAAGUCUCCACCACCACCGUCACCUCCACCACCAUCACCACCUCCUCCACCUCCAUCACCUCCUCCUCCCUACAUUUAUAGCUCACCACCGCCACCACCAUCAUAAAACUAAAUAAAAUAUUGUUUACAUAUACUUGGAGUUUGUCAUCAAAAGUGUAACAUAGGAAAAAUAACAUCAGCUGCGGAAUUUCAAAUAAUAGAAACUUUCUACUGGCCAUGAAUGCAAAUUCCUUUCGUAAACAAUAAUAUAUGUGGGUGAUUUAAAGCGCUGGUGAACUUAUUAUGAUUCUAUGUUGGAACCAUUUUGAAUACAUGGAUGUUUGAAUUUGAAAAUGUAUUUUUUAUUGCUUAAUAAUAUAUAGACAAGCCUUAUGAAAAAUA